AUUUGAUCUCUUUUUCAAUCCAUCGGGCCAGUCGAGAGAGAGGUUCGAGAGAGGACGCGCAUGCAUCCAUCGCAGACUUGACUCUCGCGCCGCGUAAAGCAAAUCUUCAACGGCCGACCGGUGCUGACGACUCCAACUCUCCUUUUCCCCUUUCCAUUUCCAUUUCCAUUUCCUCCCUAUAUAGUGCUCUCUAUAAAAGUCUUCCAUUUGCGUGUCUAUUUCUUCUUCUCAAGACAACCCAUAUCCCUACCAUUCUUCGUGCAUUCACGCAUCGAUUGUCACAUAAACCCGGUUAUCAAUUUUUCUCAUUGCUCCACGAUUCCCUUUAAUUGUGCUUCCUCGAUUUCUAGGGUUUCUUCAUCUCUCACUUCAAAUGGCCGCUCCUCCAGCGAGAGCUCGAGCAGAUUACGAUCACCUCAUCAAACUGCUUUUGAUCGGUGACAGCGGUGUGGGUAAAAGUUGCCUUCUCUUGCGUUUCUCAGAUGGUUCCUUCACAACUAGUUUCAUCACGACCAUUGGUAUUGACUUUAAGAUAAGGACAGUGGAGCUUGAUGGGAAACGAAUCAAACUGCAAAUUUGGGAUACUGCAGGACAGGAAAGGUUUCGAACAAUUACAACUGCUUACUACCGUGGGGCCAUGGGUAUUUUGCUUGUCUAUGAUGUAACUGAUGAGGCUUCUUUCAACAACAUUAAGAAUUGGAUUAAAAACAUUGAACAACAUGCCUCUGACAAUGUUAACAAAAUAUUGGUUGGUAACAAGGCAGACAUGGAUGAAAGCAAACGGGCUGUUCCCACCUCAAGGGGACAAGCACUUGCUGAUGAAUGUGGCAUCAAGUUCUUUGAGACUAGUGCAAAAACAAAUCUGAACGUGGAAGAGGUUUUCUUUUCAAUAGCAAAGGACAUUAAACAGAGAUUGACGGAAGCUGAUUCCAAGGUUGAGCCUCAGACCAUCAGGAUUAACCAGUCAGAUCAAGGCGCCGGAACAUCUGAAACGGCACAAAAAUCAGCAUGCUGCGGGUAAUAAGAAAACUAUAUUAACUUUUUACAAUAAUCGACCAUGUAAUCGCAUGUAGGAGACAAUCGUUUUGGCCGACAAAACUAGCCCUUACUAGGAUGGUUAUUUCCAUUUGUUUUAUUGGGGAAGUCCUACAAAUUAAUUUUAUGAGUUGUUCCUUGUAUUUGCAUUUGGUUUUUUAAUAUUGUUUCAAAUGGAGGAUUGAAUUUCAGAUUUUAUAUUAAA